AUGGGCCCCUGUACCGCCUCCUCAUGCUGCUGCCAGGCCCGUAAUCUGCCAUGGGCCCCCGUACCGACUCCUCAUGCUGCUGCCAGGCCCGUAAUCUGUCAUGGGCCCCUGUACCGCCUCCUCAUGCUGCUGCCAGGUCCAGAGUGUGUCAUGGGUCCCUGUACGGCCUCCCAUUGCUUCUGUCUCCAUCGCCACACUCUGCCAUGUGCCACUUUCAGGUCUCCUCACACUGCUGGUGGGUUUCCAUUUUGUCAUAGGGUGCUGGCAGAUUACGGGCCUCCCAUUGCUGCUGCCAGGCCCGUAAUCUGCCAUGGGCCCCCGUACCGACUCCUCAUGCUGCUGCCAGGCCCGUAAUCUGUCAUGGGCCCCUGUACCGCCUCCUCAUGCUGCUGCCAG